UGAGAAGAGAUCUUUAACUGAUCAGUGAAUUUGUUUUGAAGUUGCCAUUGGCCCUUCAUUUUGCUGUGCUUUUGAGCAAAAUUAUUUUGACUGAAUUAAUACUUAAAUAUAUAUGUAUAGAGAGAGAGAAUGCCAGUUAUAUUUACUUACUAGAAAGUGAAUCCUGUGAAUACUAAAUACGUGGUAUUUGUAAACUUUUCUUGCAUAUCUAGAGUAAAUGUCUGGUGGACACUUAAUGCAUGACUGUGAUAGAAGAGACCUAAGAGAGGAUGUAUGUAGUUAAAUAUUCUCUUUGUGUAGGCAAGGAAAUAGAGGCCCAGAGAAGUGACUGAAUUGUCUUGGGUUAUUAGUGGACAUAAGAAAUCUGAAUACAGACAACAGGACCUAUUCAAAUAGAACCAAUAUUCUGACUGUAAUUUGAUUGUAUGCUUUUCAAUAUUAAUCCGGUUGUACGAGGUGAAUGCAUUCACCCUUUGACCCCUUACAUGUUUGACAAUUUAAUAACUCAGAAAACACCAUUUAUUCACUGCACCUGCAAAUGAUCUUCUACAUUAGAUUUCCAUGAAAAACUUCUAUUUUAAAAGCACCUUUUUAGAAGAAAAUUUGUCAUUUUUUUAAAGACAAUAUUCACUGAAAGGCAGAGGGCAAGAAACAGAGAUUAAUCCCUAAAUGCCCACAAACACCUGGAGCCAGGCCAAGCUAGGAGCCAAGAACUCAACCACUUCUUUGUGGGUGGCAGAGACCCAGCUACUUGAGCCAUCACCUGUUGCUUCUGGGUACACAUUAGCCAGAAGCUGGAAUUAAGAGUGGAACCAGGACUUGAAUGCAGGCUUCCCAAUAUGGGCUGUUGGCAUCCCAAAUGGUGCCUAAAUUGCUAGGCCAAAUGCCCAUCCCAUCACUCUUCUCUGAUUACCAUUCUCAUUUUUUUAGAACUAUCACUCUGCAAAAUAUUUUCUUAUAUCGGAAGAUUUCUGAAUUUGGGUUCCAUGGAUUCCUAAAGAAUCCAUUUUAUGAGGGUUUUGAACCUUCUGAAAUGGUAUGUACAGUUUAGUUUGUGGCUUUUGUACAUGUGACUACCCAUGGUCACUCUGUAUUCUCAUUUUACGGUUUAGCCUCAUUUAUUUUUUAUUUAAGCUUUCUUAGAAGAUGAUUAACUGCCUCCAUAUUAUAGUUCCACAGUAAUUUGAAGUUUAUUAAUUUCCAAAUGAAAAAUUUUACAUCAUUUUAAUUUUCCCCAUGGAGUCCUUUCUUCACAUUUUAAGUUACUUUAUGUUUGUCUUUUGAACCUUUUCCAGAUUCUUCAUGAAUCCGAAAGCCAAGGAGCUCAGAAUUAGAAAUCGUGUAAUAAAGAUCUAGUGUAGGAUCUUGAAUCUGCUGGUGGUGGUAUCAGAGUCCUGAGGGAGGCAGACAUAAAGCUGCUGAGACAAGUCCAGGAAGCCCCCACUGGGAUGGCUUGGCAGACCUCGAGGUCAAAGCAGACAGAGCCCACAGCUCAGAAAAUGAAAACACUAGCAGAAAGGAGAAGAAGUGCUCCCUCUCUCAUCCUGGAUAAAGCCCUGCAGAAGCGGCCUAGUACCAGGGAAAGCCCUUCUGCAAGCGUGGACACAUGUGCAUUCCUGUCAUCAUUUGCGAGCUCUAGCAGGACUCUGCUGAUUGACGGCCGAGUAGAACUCAAAAGGGGUCUACAAAGGCAGGAGCGGCAUCUUUUCCUGUUCAAUGAUCUCUUUGUUGUGGCCAAAAUCAAAUAUAAUAAUAACUUUAAGAUUAAAAACAAAAUUAAAUUAACUGAUAUGUGGACAGCGAACUGUGUGGAUGAAGUUGGAGAAGGCAACACCAAUGCCAUGAGAUCCUUUGUCUUGGGCUGGCCCACAGUGAACUUUGUGGCCACUUUCAGUUCUCCAGAACAAAAGGACAAAUGGCUCUCUCUUCUGCAGAGAUACAUCAAUCUAGAGAAAGAAAAGGACUACCCGAAGAGCAUUCCCCUCAAAAUCUUCGCCAAGGACAUUGGGAAUUGUGCCUAUUCUAAAACUAUAACAGUAAUGAAUUCAGAUACAGUGAAUGACGUUAUCAACAUGUCAUUACCAAUGCUAGGGAUAACUGGCUCUGAGAAAGAUUACCAAUUAUGGGUCAAUUCUGGCAAGGAAGACGCACCAUACCCACUCAUUGGACAUGAAUAUCCCUAUGGAAUUAAAAUGAGCCAUCUUCGAGACACUGCACUCCUGACGCAGGGAUCAAAGGACUCUGCUGCCACCCUCAACCUCCAAGAGCCCUUCCUCAUGGAACAGCUGCCCAGAGAGAUGCAGUGCCAGUUCAUCCUGAAGCCCAGCCGCCUGGCUGCAGCCCAGCAACUUAGUGAUUCAGGUCAGAAGACAUUUAAAAGGAGAAGAUCUAUCAUAAACUGGGCCUUCUGGCGGGGUUCUAGCACUCAUCUGGACAGCUUGCCCAUGUCACCAAUGUCACCUGUGCCAGGACAGCUCUUUGGAGUUUCUCUGCCAAAUAUUUGUGAGAAUGACAAUCUGCCCAAGCCUGUCUUGGAUAUGCUGCUUUUUCUGAAUCAAAAAGGACCCUUCACAAAAGGUAUCUUCAGGCAGUCUGCCAAUGUGAAAUCCUGCAGAGAGUUAAAAGAGAAACUCAAUUCUGGAGUCCAAGUACACCUAGACUGUGAAUCUGUUUUUGUGAUAGCAUCAGUCUUAAAGGAUUUUUUACGAAAUAUUCCAGGAAGUAUUUUUUCAUCAGAUCUCUAUGAUCACUGGGUCUGUGUAAUGGAUCAAGGAAAUGAUGAAGAGAAAAUAAAUACCGUUCAAAGGCUAUUAGACCAGCUUCCAAGAGCCAAUGUGGUUCUCCUAAGGUAUCUUUUUGGGGUGUUACACAAUAUUGAGCAACAUUCCUCAUCCAAUCAGAUGACUGCAUUUAAUUUAGCCGUGUGUAUCGCUCCAAGCAUUCUUUGGCCUCCUACUUCCUCCAGCCCAGAACUAGAAAAUGAGUUUACAAAAAAGGUUUCUCUGCUUAUACAAUUUCUGAUUGAAAAUUGCUGUAGAAUAUUUGGAGAGGAAAUUACUUCCCUCUUGGGAGAGGUGUCAUUGAGAUGUGAUACUAGAGAGAAUGCUUCAGAUAUCUCUUGCUUUCAACUAAAUGAUUCCUCCUAUGACAGCUUAGAAAAUGAGCUCAAUGAGGAUGCUGAUGCUCCAUGUAGUGACUUGGUGAAGAAACUUGGCCAGGGCAGCAGAAGCAUGGAUUCUGUGUUAACCCUCAGUGACUAUGACCUCGACCAGCCUGAGCUAGAAGGCCUUUUAACCCUGAGUGACUUUGACUUAGACCAUUCGAAAGAUGAAGACAUACAAAUGAAAAUCCCUGUUGAAUCCAAGCCGGUGAAUAUUCCAGUUGUAUACACGAAGAUCCCACCACAUGGUCAUGCCAGGGCCCCACCUGGUACGUGUACCCCCAGCUCCCUGUCCACACCUGUGGCAGGAGCUCCAAAAAGCCUGAGGCGACACCGGCGCUGCUCGGAGCCCAGCAUUGACUAUCUAGAUUCAAAGCUUUCCUAUCUCAGGGAAUUUUACCAGAAAAAGCUACGGAAAUCCAGCUGUGAUGCCAUUCUCUCUCAAAAGGAUGAGGACUAUGUGAAGCAGAAUCAACCCCUCCAGGAAGGGGGCAAGACAAGUUUUAAACAGAGUUCGGUCACAGGCACUGAGAGCAGCAAGAGAAGUGCCACUCAUCAAAACAUUAAGAAGAAAAGCUUGCCUGGCAGUGAAGGCAACCAUGUGAAACUUUUCCCCAAGUCCAAGCCAGUGGCCAUUUCUGUGGCAUCUUACAGUCAUUUGUCCUCACAGGACCACCCCAGGAACCAGCCCUUUGAUGCGGAUACAUCUGAGUAUUCCCCACCUCACAGACCAGAUUCCCUCAAGGGUUCCAGGACACACCGGCGCUGCUCAGAGCCCAACAUAGAUGAUCAGAAUUGCAAACUCACCUAUCUCAGGGGGAUUUACUCAAAGAAACAACAUAAAACCAGCUGUGAUGCUGGCCUCUUGCAGGGAGAGGAAGACUACCUGAAGCGGCAUAAAUCUUUGCAGAUAGAAGGGCAAAAGCUUAUUAACCAGAGUUUGGUCAUGGGGAUUGAGGUGGGCAAGAGUAGUACAACAAACCAAAACACUGAGAAGGGUCUACCCCCAAGGCUAAACCUGUGCCCCAGGACUAGCUAUUCCAGCUUAUCCUCUCCAGGAACUUCCCCAUCCGGCUCUUCGGUGAGCUCCCAAGACAGUGCUUUUUCUCAAAUUUCUGAACACUCCGUGUUUACACCCACUGAAACUUCCUCUCCAAUAGAUUGCACUUUUCAGUCUCAAAGAAAACAGGGAGACUUUUCUUCUGAAUUUAGUAGUUCCAACCUCCUUUCUGGAAUGCCCAGUUCCUCAUCAGGUCAGGCCACCAGCCAUCUGCCAUACACAAAAAAGGACACCGUGGAGUGGCAUUCACAGAUGCAUGCUGUAACUCUUCACCCCAGCACGUGGCUGAGGAAUGGUGUGGCCAGCUUGAAAAACUGGUCCCUCAAAAAGAAAGCAAAGGCUGCCAAACCGGAGGAAAAUAAAAUAACUUCUGUGAAAGGACCAUUGGAGCCACCUCCACAUGCUUCUGGUAUUCCAGAAGCCAACUCACUGAAAGAGAGAGAGAGAGACAUGACCCUAAGGGCAGCUGAAGGACUUGGAGCCACGCGGACAGCCCAGUGGUAUAGUUCUCAUCCCUGCCAGGACUCGGAAAAAUACUGCAGUUCUUCAUUCAGCCUCGUGGAAGGCAAACUCAAGCUUUGUAUAAAGUCCCACGAAGGAGGAGAGAACGGUGGCCAGCGCUCUCCUGGUCCACCGCCUUGGGAGAGAGCCUCAUCCAGCUCUGUGACUGUGGAUGAUGCAGCCAGCCCAGAUUCAAGGCCUACAGUGGUUUGUGAUGAUGGAGACAGAUGUUUAACCAAAGACAUUUAACCACAGUAACAAUUUGAUGUCUAUAAGAACAAGAACUGGGCUAUUAAUAAUGACAAUUAUUACGACCCCUUUAUAUGAGAUACUUGGGAUAGGUAGCAUAAGGAUAAUCAUUGCUGAUACUUAGGACAACAAAAUAUUUCUCUUUGUUGAGACUACUUGGAGAAAGAUAAUGCUAAAAAAUUUCAUCACCUAAGUGUUUGGGAGGCUGUUCCUUCUUUCAAGUAUAGGAUUGGCCCUGCCAUGUGUUUUCACAGAUACUAGCAUAGGGCUAAAGAAAGCAUUCUCUGUAGAGGAAGCAUGCCUUAUGUGAAGUGUCUGUGAGAUUAGUGUCUUGAGAAGACCAGGAUAUCAUACAUGAAGAACAGGGAGCGAGAGAGAGGGUACAGAGAAACCAUUCACAUUCCAUGGAAUGUUUAAAAUAAGUAGGCAGAAAAAAUGCCACUAAUCAAAGCAUGAAAAGAAGCAUGUCUGGUAAUGAAGGAAAUCAUGUACAAGCGUUCCCUGAAUCCAAGCCUGUGGCCACAUCUGUAGCAUCUUAAAGUCACAUGUUGUCACAGGAUUAUCCCAGGAACCAGCUCAUUGAUGCAACUGUAGUAAACUCAAAUAUAUCAAGAGCCAUAGUUGCCAUGAUAUCAUAGUUUUUUGUUGUUGGUGGUUGUGUGAGUUGAUUUAUUUCUCCAUUAGUGUUGAACUGCUUUCUAACAGCUUGACGAAAUGGCUGUGAGGAGAAGGGAGAUGGUUCUUCAUAUCAGUGCCCUGUCCGAAGAUGCCUGUGUUAGGAAAAUACUCCAGAAAUGCAACUUUUUCUAUUUAGGAGGUGACCUGCUGACAGCAUUCGCUGUUUAGUGAGGAGGAAAAGACUACAAUAGGUCUUUCUCAACUACAUGAAUGCUGCUAUCAACUUGAUCAAAGCAUGGCACCUAUAUGCUGAAAUGUUUCUCUGCGGCCCUGCCUCUUACAGAUUAAAGUCAACCAGAAAAAUUACUCAUGAGUCAUUCUUGACUUUGAUAUUUGUAGUUUGGCAAUCUAGAGAGAAAUUUGGAAGUUGGCAGGUUAGAAGGAGUCACAGGAUAGAAUACCCAACAAAGUGCCUGUUAGGCCUUCUCAGACCAUCAUUGGAUUUGGAUUUUCUUACUUCCAGAAGUUUUGCCAUAUUUUUGUUUCAAGUAAUUCGUGGCUGUCUUGUAUAUAGAGAACUUAUACCCCAUUGGUUUGUUUUACAUCCAUGGACCUUUCUCUUCUCUUUUGCCUUAAAAGUUUAUAUCAAUAAUUCUACCCAAGGAAUAAUCGGGCCUUGUCAACCAGUAUGAAGGGGCAGCACUGAAAAUGGGUGUGUAUCUUCCCUCUGAUAAGUUGCUCAGAGGCCAGGCCCAUUUUAUCCAUUUAGUCCACCAUCAAUGGACCAUUUUCUAACUUAUUCCAAAUUAUUUUUCUUAUCACCAGGAAUUUGUGACAUCACAUAUUCUCCUUUUGUCCUAAAGGUUGCAUUUUCAGCUACAGGGGAAAAAAUGUUUUCUCUAAGAAGGAAGUCAUUUUGUAAUUAGCUAGAGGUGCUACCUACCUCUUGGGGACACGGCCCUGUUCGCCCUAAUCAUUAUAAUUAACUUUUAGAACUCUGUGUCUAAAGAGCUCCUUCAUGACCCUAGCCAGCUCAGUCACAGCUGUGAAGUAGAUUUCACCUUAUUAGCAACCACCCCCAUAUUAAGAUGCCUAGGUGUCCAUAUACCUUGUCUGUGGAAUGAUAGAAAAAGUCAGCAGGGACUCCCUUACCCUUAGGGCAUACUACUGUCAGAACUGCAAGAUGUGAAUGAAGCUCUUAGAGCUUGGUGUGUCUUUCUGGAAGAAAUGACUUCUCUACUUACCACUGUAAUAGUUCUAACCUCUUUUCUUUCUUGUUGACUUGUAGAAAAUCACCCAAUUUGAAGCAUAGAAAAAUAGUUGCGGAGGUUGUUUCAUGAUCAUUCCUAUUCUCUGUGUUCCCUUAGAUGCUCCUAUAAUACUUAAUGUGAAUAGUUUGUUAAUAUUGCUGUAAAAUAUUAUAUUGUAUGAUUUGAAGACAGACUACAUGUCAUUUUAUCAUACUCCAUCAAGCUAUAAUAUAUUAGACUGAUGCUUUAUCUUAAAUGCUUUGAGUUUGUAUAAUAUAUCUUGACAAAUUUUAUUAUCAUAUGUUAUGUAAUAAAUGUGUAUUUUUGUACUUGCAGAAACUGCUGCUAACUUUUAAAGUUGUUUGGUUUCCAAGGCACUGAUUCUGGAUGUGUAUGAAGUCCAUGCUGUCUGUUAAAUAAAAUGCCAUUCUGCAGAGUUAACAACCCUGCUGGAGCAGUAUUGCCCUUUGAAGAAUUAUUUUAGUUAAUGGGCCCAAUCUCUGCUUAACACUGGAAAUUUCGUAGAGUAUAAUUAAUGUUGAAUGGGAACUUUAAGCUUUCGGCCAUAAGCCAUAGUUAGUCUUUCUAGGAAACCAGUGGUUUGGCCUUUUUUUUCCCCUAAUCUCAUUAACAGAAAGAAAAAAAAAAAAGACAUCAGUCUAUGUUCUUACAUCAAAAGGAUCAUUUGCUCAGCUUGAUUUAUGAGGUUUUCUUGUCAAAGUUUGGACCUUUCUAACCUGAGCACCCUGUUGACCCCAGACAGAGACCAAAACAUCAGUGUUUUUCAGCUUAUAUAAAUGUGCUGAAUAUGACUGGUUUCUCAUGAUGGCUUCAUCUUUGCCUUCUCAAAGUUCUUUGAGAGGAAACCUCUUACAGGUUUACAUAACCUCUUAGAGAGGUUUCCUCUGUAAAUUUUACUACUGGUUCCAAGUCCAGAAAAAUUAUUUGCUCUUCUUUAUCAGUGAAGACCACAACUCCACUGUCAGAAAUGUCACUACUUAUAUUUGGGAAAUGUACACAUACACUGAUGCAAAUUUCUCUCUAAAUUUUACAAAAUUUUAAAUAUAAUUUUAAUAAAGUUCAUCUAUUGAAAACCUUAUAUUUAAGAAAUUAUCUCCUUGAUGUUUUCCCACUUUUCAUGGCAUGACAUUGAGUCAAAAGGAUCUACUGUGUCCUUGAACUGAUGGCAUGUUUUUUUCUGUUCAAAGAAAAUUCUCAAAAUAUUACAUAUCUUGCUGUUAAUUCGUUUUCCUGUCAAGUCAUAUUUUAAAGACUUGAGAGGGUAUCUUUACAAACUGCCCAUUUCAAUGCUAAGGAAAUUCAUUAUCAAGAAACUCUUAGUAAAUUUUGUUCCCUGAAUAAUAAAGUUGGACAAAAUGUUUA